UACCCGGGGGGGAGUAUUACUGGAGGACUCCUCCCCUCUGAUCACCGCAUACGGUUUCACACCAGGAGAUUUCAGCCUCGGUUUAGUAUCAGCGCAGAAGAUUUGGAGGAGUCGAUACCGCUUACUGAAAACCAGAAAUCCCGUUUUCCUGUGAGGGAGCAGACACGUCUAAUUAGGAGGCGCGGUGCGUUCAGGUUCACCUCGGUAGGCGAUGGAGGCUCUCUUUUAGGAGCUCGCAGGAGGAGGAGGAGGUGCGGAGGAAAACGGGGACGCGGUGGAAAUUUUGCCAAAAUUACGACGGGAAUCAAGUACAGUUCCCUUUCUCCCGGCAACGGGGGAGACCACCGGCCGCUCGUGAUGUCUCGCGCAAAGGAGCGCCUGAAAAGCGCCAAGGAGACGAAGGACAGCGUCACUCUGCUGCCCUGUUUUUAUUUUGUGGAGCUUCCCAUCCUGGCCUCCUCAGUUGUCAGUCUUUAUUUCCUGGAGCUGACGGAUAUUUUCCAGCCCGUGCAUUCUGGGUACAGCUGCAACGACCGCAGUCUGUCGUUGCCCUACAUCCUGCCCAGACAGGAAGUCUGUCCACUGCCUCUGCUCUUCAGCUUGGCCUUCGCUGCUCCUGCUGCCAUCAUUCUGAUAGGAGAGGCCAUUCUGUACUGCUAUCUGUCCAGGAGGUCGUCAUCCACACAGACCGAAGCCAACAUCAAUGCUGCCGGCUGUAAUUUCAACUCCUACAUUCGCAGAGCUGUCCGCUUCAUAGGUGUCCAUAUUUUUGGCCUGUGUGUGACAGCGCUGAUAACUGACAUCCUCCAGCUGUCCACUGGUCAACAUACCCCCUUCUGGCUGGACGUGUGCAAGCCCAACCUGACACACAUUAACAUGUCCACUUGUGACGAAGCUUUCAUUCUGGAGGACAUCUGCUCCGGACAGGACGUGGGGCUCAUCAACGCUGGGAGGAAGUCUUUCCCCUCCCAGCACGCCACGCUGGCUGCCUUUGCUGCUGUCUACGUCUCAAUGUAUUUCAACACCAUGCUGACAGACUCGGCCAAGCUGCUGAAGCCUCUCCUGGUCUUCUCGUUCGUCAUGCUGGCCAUCCUGGCCGGAUUAACCAGGAUCAUUCAGUUCAGAAACCACCCUGUCGACGUCUACUGUGGAUGGUUACUGGGAGCUGCCAUCGCUAUUUACCUGGGUGUAUACGCAGUAGGAAAUUUCCAGCCAAGCGAAGAUCACUCCAGAAGUCAACCACCUCCUCUUACUCUGAGAGAGCCCCCCCUCUCCUCCCUCCCCAACAUCAGCCAAUCAGCAGUUAGCAACAGCCACCAAGGCCAUCACACCCUGGCUCCCAGCCAACCAGAGUCUAUCAUGACAAGGACCUCGUCCCGCACCUUGUCCCCCGACCAAACGGGCCCCAUCCUGACACGAAGCUCCUCCUACCGAGAGCCUUCCCUCAGCAACCUGAAAAGAGCCAGUGCUGAGGUGGAGGUGAUAAGUCCAUCCAGUCCUCUAGGUAACCGUGACAACAUGAUGACCUUCAACAGCAGCACACUGCCAAGGUCCCACGGGGGAUCCUCACUGGAGGAGGGUCGCAAUCCCCGGCGUCAUGCCUCAAUCCAUGCCUCCAUGGACUCGACGCGAUCAAAGCAACUGCUCAGCCAAUGGAAGAAUAAGAACGACAACAGGAAGCUGUCUAUGCAGGUGAUGGAUGGAAUAAGACCAGCCUCGGCUUCGUCUCCUCAGAGGAACUUAGAGUUGCGCUGUUCCUCUGAACCACCUGCCAUGAGCCUGGAGGCAGAGCUCCGCGGUGGAAACCACAUGCCUUUAUGCACAAGCCAGGAUGCAGAGAUGCGUGUUGGAGCUCACAUCCCAGCUCAGUACAUGAAACUUGCAGCAAGCUCUAUUCCUGUAGCCAAUCAUAACCACCUGGUACUUAAUGGCAGCACUGGAAUGGCUGGUGGAGCCAGAGUUUCUGCCCAAUCCCGGCCUGGAUCCUCUCAGCUAGUUCACAUUCCUGAGGAGGAAAAUCCCACCUGCAAGGAUCUGGAGAGUGAAUCAGAGGACAGCAUAAUGGAUGGAGGCGGGUCGGUGAGGGAAAAAUGGCUGAGGGUGACCGAAAAGACCACCAUCCCCUGCAGACCACUGAGUGCUGGAGGGCAGCCUCGUCUCAUGCAGGUAAUAGCCUUAUCCAAACAGCAAGGUCUGCUUCAUUCUGCUCGGUCAGAGGACGGAGGAAGCACUGUUAGCUGCACUGGAUCCAUCCGGUACCGAGCUCUGACGGACCAAGACCCAUCACCACCAGCCUCUACCACCGGAGCAGUGGGAGGAGGAGGAUUGGAAAGAAGCGGCAGUAUAGUCCGUGUGGAAGCCCACCCCGAGUCCAGACAAAACAAGCCCGUGGUGAAACCUCCAAGCACUGACGGAAGUGGCUCCUGGCGAUGGAAACCACCAGAACAACGAGCAUCCCUCCGGCAGACGGCAUUCACCAUGAAUGACCUAAACAGACACACGGAAAGCUGUGAUUCUCUGAGGGAUGGAGGCUCGGUGGAUGGGAAGAGGAGUGUGAUAGGGACAGAAUCGGACGGAGGAGGGGGAGGAGGCGUGUACAUCAGCCAUGCACAUGUUGUGCACCCGUUGCAUCCCCUACAUCCAAAUAAUCCUAACAAUUUCCAGCAUCCUAAUUUUAAUCCUAAUAAUCCCAACAAUCCAAAUUUUAACAACGCUCACCCUGCUGUCCAUCCCAACUCCUCCAACAUGCCAUUCACCCCCACCGCCACUUUUGCUCCUCCCUUCCACCCCCACCCCCAUGCUGUCACUACUAUCAGGGUCACCCCUGUGGAGGGGACCGCCGCCAGCAGUGAUGGGGGUUCAGACAGCCAAUCAGUGGCCUCGUCCAGCCGAGAAUCCAGUCUGAGGAGGAAGAGCAGCAGCACCAACGUCCACGUCCCAGACCGAAGUCCCACCCCUGAGCUCCACAACAACCACCGCCCCUGUGAAGACAGCCACUGCCUCGACAACGAGAGCAGCAACCGUUUCCACGAAAACCUUAGAAGUUUUCAAGAAAACCCCAUCCAACCCAAUUUCCCCACCAGGCAGAUGCAGGGUUUCUAUGGCCGUCCAAGCCCAACUCCUCCACCUACCUUACCCCGGCCUAUCCUGACUCACACUCCACCUCCUAAUUUGGGGUUGGCCUAUAAGGAAUGAGGGUGUUAAGUCCAUUUAUCUACACCUGGGUGAUCCAUCCAACAGGAGACACCAAAAAUAUCUUCUCAAAUGUCUGAUUAGGCAACAUCAUGAUAAUCAUCUGUGUCCUACAAGCAUCAAAACUGGUUUAUAUCCAGUUCAGCAAAGUCCUUUUUAAUGGUAUCACCGGUGCAUUAAGUCCAAUAAGCAAUGGGCUCCUGAAUAAUUUUGGCUUAUGGACUCCUGCCAUAACUUGACUUUUUGUUAUUAUUUAAUUGGCUUUUUUUUUUUUUUAUCAUGGACUGCUGGACAGACAUGACAACGUUUUGUAAAUCUGCUAUUAAGGCACACGGACAACAAGCUAAAUAAACUGCUGAGUCAUCUUACAAGGAGAGAUCACAGCAUUUGCUACAGUCCAACAUCUCCCUGCCAGCGAGGAUGGUUCCAUUUACAGAGACCUUUCCAUUUUUCAUAAGCUGGUUAACUACGUAUUGAUGUUACAGUAUAAUCACAUGCUCUUAGAUGGAAAUUUAUAUUCAAAACUCAUACCUGUGAUGUACAUUUGAGAGGCUACGAUGCUGAUCAGACAUGGCAGUAACAGCUUGUUGCUGGUUAUAAUGGGAUUGUUAAAGUAUUGGAUAAAAACAAUUUUAUGGCGUUUAUAUUGUGGUGAAAUAUAUCAUAAAACAAACAUUUUCUUUUUCAUUUAAGUGCAUUUAAAUGUGUGCCGUAUAUAAAUGCUCCUUAUUGUGUUGCAGACGCGUUGUUUUUUAGUGAAGGCAGCUUUUGAAUCCAACACAUGAGGAAAUAAUUUUUUAUUUGUUUGUUUGGAUUCUUUAACUAGCUCAUUAUUUUACUGUUAUGAGUCUAAUAUAGUUCCAAUAUUUGGCAGCUAAAUGUGAUUUACAGCUGUCAUAUUUUCAGAAAAUAGAACAAUUUUAUGAAAAUGUUAAAUAAAUUUGUGAAACAUGAAAAGGUUAUAUGAUUGAACAGAAGAUUUUACAUAAUUUUAAAAUGAUAA